ACUUGCCGUCGCCGAGCAACGAAGGAGUGGAUGGGAUUCGCCCUAAGCGCUCGUGCGCGCGACCGUCCAGACGGAAGCGGAAGUGCCAGUAGCGCGCAAGCAGGAAGUGGUGUUUCCUGGAGUAGAGAUGGCCGCGCUUGCUCCGCUGCCCCCGCUCCCCCCCCAGUUUAAGAGUAUACAACAUCAUCUGAGGACGGCUCAGGAGCAUGACAAGCGGGACCCUGUGGUGGCUUAUUACUGUCGUUUAUAUGCUAUGCAGACUGGAAUGAAGAUUGACAGUAAAACUCCUGAAUGUCGUAAAUUUUUAUCAAAGCUAAUGGAUCAGUUAGAAGCUCUCAAGAAACAGUUGGGUGAUAAUGAAGCCAUUACUCAAGAAAUAGUUGGUUGUGCCCAUUUGGAGAAUUAUGCUCUGAAAAUGUUUUUGUAUGCAGACAAUGAAGAUCGUGCUGGGCGAUUUCACAAAAACAUGAUCAAGUCCUUCUAUACUGCAAGUCUUUUAAUAGAUGUCAUAACAGUAUUUGGAGAACUCACUGAUGAAAAUGUGAAACACAGGAAAUAUGCAAGGUGGAAAGCAACAUACAUCCACAAUUGUUUAAAGAAUGGGGAGACCCCACAAGCAGGCCCUGUUGGAAUUGAAGAAGAUAAUGACAUUGAAGAAAAUGAAGAUGCUGGAGCAACCUCUCUGCCCACUCAGCCACCUCAGCCAUCAUCAUCUUCAACUUACGACCCGAGCAACAUGCCAUCGGGCAACUAUACUGGAAUACAGAUUCCUCCAGGCGCACAUGCCCCAGCUAAUACACCAGCAGAAGUGCCUCACAGCACAAGUGUAACAAGCAAUACUAUCCAGCCUACUCCACAGACUGUUCCUGCCAUUGAUCCCACACUUUUCAGUACAAUUUCCCAGGGGGAUAUCCGUCUAACCCCAGAGGACUUUGCCAGAGCUCAGAAAUACUGCAAGUAUGCCGGCAGUGCGUUGCAGUACGAGGAUGUUAGCACUGCUGUACAGAAUCUGCAGAAGGCCCUCAAGUUGCUGACAACAGGCAGAGAAUGAAGCCUGCAUACAUCAAGCAGUUCCAUGUAUUUUUGGCGUAAAAAACUAACAGUCCAUUUGCCUGUCAACGUCAAUUAAGGAAGACUUCAGUUCCAUUGAAUAUAACAGUGCAACCUAUGUAUAUCAGAUUCCUAUCGAAGCAUUCAUCGUCAGCCUCAACCAGUUUUCAUUGUCCAUUUCAUGGAUCCGGUCAUCUCUGUGGAUAUAGGGCUGAUGUUAGCAAGACCCUGAAAGUGCCCAUUGAAUCUUUACUUCAAAAAAUGAAAACAUACCUCUAUAAAAUGUAUAUUGGGAAUAAGCUUUAUAUCAUAAUUUGCAUAUAAUUAGGGGAAUUUUUUUUAAUACUGUUUGGAUAAGCAGGCCAUAGUACUUUGCUUUAAAACUCUAAAUUUAACUUCUGUAAAGAUUGCUAGAAUAUUUUAGAUUAGAGAUAUGUUUUUGUUUUCAAAACAUAAAACAAAUAUGAAUGUCCUAAACUGUUAGAUGAAUCUGAAAGACAUUAUGUUCAAAAUUCAAUUUAUUUCAUGUUAAAUAUAAUGUUGGUUUCCCAACUGCUUCCCCUUAUCCAUUGAAGCUUAAGGUGAAUUGGUAUUUGCUUCGUAGGCAGUUUGACUGCAUGUAUUAGAGAAUGAAAAGAAGAUAUUUGUAGUAAUGCCUGGAAACUUGGUGCUUUAAGUUAAGGUUCUCCUCUGCUGCUGUGGAAUAGAUUCCAUAGGGUGGAUAGCUGUGAAUGAUGCAGAAGAUUAUAAGACUUUUAGAUUCCCAGGUUUUAUGUUUAUAAGUUGUGUGGGGAAUUAUGGACCUACUGUGUCACCUGCAUUUGUGCUGUGUGAAAAAUAAAUACAAGGAUUCUUCUAACGAAUUCAGCUUAUCACA